AUUAAAUAAGUAAAUUACAAAUUUAUUACAAUAAAAUUUUGCGAAAGUAACGAACUCACAAAUCAGCUGAAAGGCUUCCUUUUCCUCUCGCCAACAUCAACGAAAAAGGAAGCAAUAUUCGUUAAGCGGUUACCAUCGUGCUGCAACCAUUUUGAAAAUAUGAACGAACAGCAGCAAAUACGAGUAGUGAAAAGACAGCCACGUAAGAUUUUGGGCAUCAAUUCGCUCGAAUCGAAUGGACUUCCAGAUGAUUUGUCUGGAACAAAUAUCGUAUUGGCAGGAGCAAAUUGCACAGGUAUUUUACCAGUAACACUACAACCUACAGAACAUAUCGUCGAUUCGCCGUCGCAGCCGCCACAGCACACGCGUAUCGGCGGAACAACAGUGUGCGCAGGAGCGUCUGUAAUUACAGCAUCUGUAUCAACACCAGUAACAUUAACGCUACAGCAUCAGCAGCAAAUGGAGAGAUUACGUUUAGCUAAUAUGAUGAAUCAAGAGAUGCACGCAUUAUGGCCAUAUGGAACAGCUACAUUCCUGUCACCUAUGUUACCUGCUCCAAAUAUGGCAUUACCAUAUGCACUAGCUGGCACUUUACCAUACGCAGCUGUGCCUAUAUAUCCAGCUGCAGCAGCUGCGGCUGCGGCCGGAAUGCAACAAAAUAUGCAGAAUGCACCACAGCAAUGUAACAAUAUAUCACCAAUAUCGACAGCCAAUACACUUCCCGGUUCCGGGGCGUCCUCUGCUUCCACUAGUAGUGCUACGUCUUCCAGCGGUGUUCCUACACUCCGCUCUCAAACGAAUGACUCAAACAAAAUUAAUAUACAAAUUGGUUUGCAAUGUGUUAGUCAGAAUUCGCCACUAAAUUUCAAUUCCAUGAAUGAGAUCAAUGCAUCUUUAGCUAAGGUGAAUUUGCUAAAUUUUUGUGGUAGUGUACCAGAGAAGGAGAACAAAGAGAGCUCUUCUAUGCGUAGUUCACCGAUAUUAUUAAGUUCAGACGACCUCAACAACAGCACCGGUAUAUGCAAUAGUAACACACUUGGCAGCGGUGCUGGGGGCGAUGCCACUAAUGCUUCUAAUUCGCCUGGUAGUGGUGGCAGCUGCACAGUAACACUUUCGCAAGCAAAAUUUAAUGAGCUAACACGUCUAGCACUGCGUGGUAGUGAAAUUGCCGAAAAACUUGCAUAUACGCAUCGUAAUCGGCCAUGUUUCAAAAAGAUCGAUAGUCUCUGUGCACGCAUGAAACAGGAUCUUAUACGUCCAGAUGGCGUUUUACCCAAUAUAAAUUCACAGGGAAUAGCUUGGGCCGUAAAGGACUUUAUUUUUGUUUUCACACGUGUCAUCAAUGCUUGGAUUAUUAUCAAGGGUUAUGUCUAUAAUACACCGGAAGGACUCAACAAAGUGAAAUCUGCCUUAAGCCCCGAUUUUGCAGCUAGUUUUGCAGCCUGGCAGGAUACCACAAUGGAUUUUGUAGAGAAUCUUAUAAAAUCAUUUGUAAAUCUAGACAAUUUGGUGCAAUCACAGAAGAAUGUAUAUCAGAAUUCUGAUAACAAUGGCACACGUGCAGCAUCCAGCACUACGCCGAUUAAAUUAUUACAACCAGUUAAUUCACUGAUUGAUGACUCAUUCGAUUUUCUAAAUACAUCUACCGAAAAAUCAACACAGAAUGCGCUAAAUAAAAAUUAUCUUUACACAAUGGUUGAAGACUCUGAGGGUAGUCAACGGCAGGCCACUGUAAAUGGCACAUAUUUUAAAACAGGCACAUACAAUCCGAUCAAAAAGGAUGCCUUGCUCGUCGACCAAAUAAACAAUGUGACUACAAGUGUGACUAGCACAUCCGCUACAAACACGGCGGCGCAACACUUACUGGCGAACAAUAAUCCGCUCGAACAGUAUUUCGAUGAACAAAUUUCCGAAUUUUGGCCUCCAGCCGCCGAUAUGGAUACUGCAGCAGCUGCCGAGUAUUUGAAAAUUAAGGAAAAGAUACCUCCAAAUUGGUUAAGUUAUGACAUACGUGUGUUGGAGCAAAAUUUAACGGAGUUUUCUAACGAUUACGAUCCAAAUGCACCGCCGCGUCCGUUGGGUAAGGAUCUCAUCGAUAAACUUAAUGUGAUGAUUGAGCGUCUGAUGGCAAUGAAAAAUGCAGAAUUGUUUUUCAAAUUACAAUUUACCAAAAAUUAUUUUCCUGAAUUCAUGGCAAAGCAUAAGCAUGAUUUUAUGGAUGUGCGCUCCAUUAUACUCAAGUGUCAAGUGGGUGGUUACCAGCACAUUUUCGAAGUAGUACACGAUGUUAAAAAAAUAGUGCACACUGGCAAACAAUAUUUAAAGUUUAAUGUAGACAACAAAUUGCAGAAAUCAAUUAGCGCGUUUGAAAGCGAAUUCAAUAAAUUACUUAGUGAACCACCUUUUGAGAAUUAUCAAUUCGAACAUAUUACCGGUGAGCCUAAAGAGAUGCUCUACAACUGUCGCAAUAAGUAGAGAAAUAUUAUUUCCAUGCACGUAUAUCACAUUUUGGUUGCAUUCAAUUGGGUUAUGGUAUACAAAAUGGAAGGAUUUCAGAUCUAAGUAUUUCAAAUAUAGUAUUAGUGCAUUUGUAUGUUAUGUAUAUGUAGUUGUUACAAAUAUGGAUAGGAUUUGCAUAUAACACACAUAUGCCUAUAGGAAUCUACUAAACACAAGUAUAUUCUGAUAUAUUUUCCAACAUGAUUAGAUUUACAAAAUUCUUGAGUAGUUUUUGGUUGUUGCUUCAGUGGCUGGUUAACAAAACACACGUAUGAAGCUACAAUUUAUUUGCCAUUUUUCGCCUUUUUUUGUUUUGUCGCAUUUGAAUUUGUACGAUUUUGCAUGUGUUUACCAUGUAUGUAUGUGCAUGCGCAUGUGUAUUCAUAUUGCCCUUUUCACAUAAUUUAAACUUUAAAUUAAGAUUACUUUUGUGUGUCAAAUUAUAAAGUAUAGUAAUGCCAAUUUUAUUGUAUGUAUGCCAAUUUUAUUGUAUGUAUGCCAACAUACAUGUACGUAUAUUUUAAGUAUUUAAACUACAAAAAUUGAAUUGAAAAGUUUGCAAAAGCAAAGCAAAAGUUUCCGUAACAGAUGUUUCCAAGAAUGCUGUUUAUAAUUAAUCUUAAGUUGAUUUUAAAAUUUAAAAAAGAAAGUAUACUAAAUUUGAUAUAUCAAUUCAUUGUUCAAAAUCUUAAUUGUUAUGUUGAAAUAUGCACGAUACUUUCACUGUUACCUUGAAAUAUUUAUGUCUUGACUAUUUUAUGAAGGCACAAACCCGGAUUUAUUGCGAAUAGAGAGUAUGAGAAAUUACUUGAAGUAUUUUAUAGAUUUAAAAAACAAAAUUUUAAAUUAUAAAAACGAGUGAAAAUGAAUUGUGCAGAAUUUUGAACUAAUAAUAUUAUAUAGUUUAGAUAACUUAGCAUUUAAAUGUAUAAUUAAAUGAUUCUUAUGUUUCUGACAACGUGUUAAAUGCCAUAAAAUCAAUCCUACAUUCUAUAUAUUGCCAGUAAAACUAUUUGUAUUACCACAUUUCUUAAUGAGAUUUGUUGUAACAUUUGUGAUAAA